AAUAUUUCAGACCAUUUUUUCAACUUGCCAAAAAAUUCAGUAAGGAAUGUAAAGUCAAUUUUUAUUCAGUUUAUAUUUUUUUUUUAGAACGCGCUUCAACGAAAGCCAAACACGAUUUUUGGGUUUAACAAAUUUUUAAAAUUUAAGUUAUAUUUCAAGACACAUAUAAUGUACGGCGAGGAAAAGGAUAUUUGUAAUUGCCCCUGCGAAAAGAGCUCUUUGUCGCAGACGAAUGCUUCAGAGAAUCAGCAGCAGAUGAUGUUGGCCCGACCGGAACUCUGGACCCAGCAGAAAUCUGAGGCCAGCAUGAAGGUCUUCACCACUGUGAUGCUGCACACUUGGCGCCAAAGGCGAAAGGAGGUGCGUCAACUCCAGGACGAAGUGCAGAGCCUUCAGACUAGUUACAUGAAGUCUAAGAACCAGUUGCACGUUUAUGGCACUUUGAUGCGGGUUGAGCAGAAAAGGAACAGCGAACUCCAACUGCAACUCAAGCAAUCCACCAUGAAUAUCGACAAGGUGCGAACUUCCUGUAAAAGUUUGGCCUCCACGGUUCGCAAUCUUAAAAAAGAGAAAAUUCAGUUGCAGACGGAUCUGGAAAAAGGCAAACAGGAGUUCGAUGAGCUGGAAGAGGUGUCUGGCCAGAACAAAAAGUUGCUCUUCACCGCCCGCUUGGAGCAAUCCAAUCUGCAAAAACUACUGACUGACGAGCAGCGAAUCAACCAAAACCUCCAUCAAGAGAACGAGCAGCUCGUCAAGGAAGUGGUCCUGGCGGAGGGCAGGGAGGCCAAGUACCGCCAGGUGAGGGAUUGGUACCACCGCCAAUUGGGUCUCAAGGAGGAAAGAAUUGCAGUCCUGAGGGAGAACAUUGCAGUGCUGGAGGAGAGACUGCAAGCUGUUGGAGAGCAAUUAGAAGAGCUUGAACAACUGCGUGUUAGUGCUCAGCACAUGACGGAUCAAAUCACGGAACUGCGGCAGGAGAUCAACCAGUCUCGCACCAGCUUCUUUAGUGUCCUCGGAGAACCCAGCAGCCGCUUUAACUUCAGCCACCUGAAAAACGAUGUAUUUGCACCCUUCCAAAGAAGCCAAAUGUGGAUAAAUUUUCGCCGGUAUUCCUCCAACGUAAUGUACUUAUUCUGUUUGUAUUUCCUGCCCGCCAUGCCGGUUAGCUAUCACCGCAAAAAAUAGAAAAACGGUGGAAUUUUCAAAUUAACAUUAUUUGAAAAUAAAUAUUUCAUACA